CGUUGUAGGGACUUCUUGGCACGUUAUUUAAUAGCUGCCCGUGCCUGCAGCAGCCAGCGUGCCCUCGUUUGCUGUUGUGUUUUUCAGGGAGGAAUCCACACGAGUGCACAGGGCCAGCGGCAGUAUGGGCCUUUGGCAUACAUCCUUGGUGACACAACCACCAAAAAACUGACAAAAUUCAGCAAAGUGAUAACCGUCGAUGGCAAUAUAUGUUCUGGAAAAAGCAAGGUUGCAAAAAUAAUAGCAGAGAAACUAGGCAUGAAGCACUUUCCUGAAGCAGGGAUACACUAUGUGGACAGCACUACGGGGGAUGGCAGACCCCUGGACGUAGAGUACAGUGGCAACUGCAGUUUGGAGAAGUUUUAUGAUGAUCCCAAAAGUAACGACGGCAACAGCUACCGCCUGCAGUCCUGGUUGUACGCUAGUCGCCUCCUGCAGUACGCGGACGCCCUGGAACACUUGCUAAGCACAGGGCAGGGUGUCGUGUUGGAGCGCUCCGUCUACAGCGACUUCGUGUUCCUGGAGGCAAUGUACCAUCAGGGCUUCAUCCGCAGGCAAUGUGUGAGCCACUACAACGAGGUGAAGAAGGUGACCAUCUGCCAGUUCCUGCCCCCUCACGCGGUUGUCUACAUCGACGUGCCCGUCCCAGAGAUCCAGGCUCGGAUUCAGAAGAAGGGAGAUCCUCACGAGAUGAAGAUCACCCCUGGCUACCUUCAGGACAUCGAGAAUGCCUAUAAGAAGACCUUUCUUCCUGAGAUGAGUGAGAAAUGUGAAGUUCUACAGUACAGUGCAAGGGAAGCCCAGGAUGCAGAGAAGGUGGUGGAGGACAUCGAGUACCUCAAGUUCGACAAGGGGCCGUGGCUGGACCAGAGUGACCGCACAUUCCACCACCUGCGGAUGCUGGUCCAAGACAAGCUGCAGGUGAUGAAUUACACAACCAUCCCCAUCUACCUCCCAGAAAUCACGAUCGGAGCGCACCAGAGCGACCGGGUCUUCCGCAAAUUCUUAGAGCUGCCCAGCCGCAAGUACUGCCCCGGCUACAACGCGGACGUGGGUGACAAGUGGAUCUGGCUGAAGUGACGACCGCCACCCUCCACGAGAGCUGAGUUGCAGUGAGGAGGAAGCUCCAGUCUGCCGGCUCCUGUGGGCUCCACGUAGCUGUAAAAUUGGGGGGAGGAAAUGAUCUGAAAAUCACGCUUGGGAGAAACGGCAGAGCCGGCCCUGCAGUGUGGCCAGGAGGCGGGAGCCCUGGAGCCUCCAGCUUCAUGUGGAGCGAUUCGUAAUCACUGCUGGGAAAAGGGAGCCUGUGGGGGGAGACCGGGCGUCACUAGUGGGGUCCGUCUCCCACCUGUGCUCCGUGUCGUUGCUCCUUCAGACUUGGGAAAUAAAGCAGCCUCUGCCUCUGCUCCGCA